AUGCAUCUUUUCUUUCUCUUUUUCCAUGUCGUUCCUUUUCAUAAAAAAACCUCUUUCUUUUCUUCUCUUUCCAAGUCUUUGUCGUUCAGAAAUACCACUUUCUUUUCCUUCUUUUCAAGUCUCUUUCUCCUUUGUCAAUAUUUAGUUCCCAACUAUUCUUUUUUUCAAACUUUCUUUUUCGCUCUUUACAAAUUAACUACGCAUCUUCUAUUUUACUCCCUCCCUUUCCCAAGUAGUCUCUGUCUCUUUCUUAUUUCCACCCUCCCUCGUUCUUAUUUACUUUUCCCUUUUCUAAUCAUCCUCUCCGUCUCUUUUUGUCUUUUCCUUCACCAUAUAAUCUCUCAACCUUUCCCAUGUUACUUUCCUCUUAUCUCUCCUUUCCCUAACACAUCUUCUUUCAUUGUCUCUGAACUCCUCUUGAUUCCGUCACCAUGGAAACGGAUACGCCAAACGACUUCUUCGAACUCUAUAAUUCACAACCUUUUCUUCUCUCAACCUAUACCAACCCUCCGACACAUUACUGGAAUAAAAACUGAUUUUCAAAACCUGACAGUCGAAAUAAGCCAAAAAUUAGACAUAUGUGGCUUUCCAUUUUCAUUCUUUCUUUCUUUCUUUCUUUCUUUCUUUCUUUCAAAGAGCUUUUUCUUUUCGCAUCUGGUUCUUUUUUUCUUUCUUUCUUUCUUUCUUUCUUUCUUUCUUUCUUUCUUUCUUUUUUCUUUCUUUCUUUCUUUCUUUCUUUCUUUCUUUUCGCAUCUGGUUCUUUCUUUUUUCUUUCUUUCUUUCUUUCUUUCUUUCUUUCUUUCUUUUUUUCUUUCUUUCUUUCUUUCUUUCUUUCUUUCUUUCUUUCUUUCUUUCUUUAUUUCUUUCUGUCCAUGGAUUCUUCCAUUUUGCUAUCUCUUUCUCUCACUCUCUUUUUUCUUCGCUCCAAUUUGUCUUCAUUUUUUCUUUCUUCCUUUUUUUCUUUCUUCGUUCUGUUCAUCGAUUUUUCCUUUCUCUCUUUCUUUCCUCUAUGUAUUUAUCUUUUCUUUCUUUAUUUCUAUGGAGCCAUCGUCUUUUCUUUCUUUCUUUCUUUCUUUCUUUCUUUCUUUCUUUCUUUCUUUCUUCUAUCACUCCCUGUUUUCUUUCUUAUUCUUUUUUAUUUGUUCUGUCCAUCGAUUUUUCCUUCCUCUUUUCCUUCCUCUGUCCUCUUAUCCUUUCUUUCUUUCUUUCACCAAAAAUGUCACGAUUAUUUUCCGUUUCUUAAAUUUUUCGUUUUUAACUUUCUUUUCAUUUCUUCAAAUUCUCAAUUUUGCUCUGUUUCUUAUUUUCCUUUUCUCUUUUAAAUCGCUUCUUUUUUAUAUUGAUUUUUCUUUUGUCUUUCCCUUCACGCUUUCUAUUUUAAAUCGCUUCUUUUUUAUAUUGAUUUUUCUUUUGUCUUUCCCUUCACGCUUUCUAUUUUAA